GACUGUGGAAGCCGAGUGGACUAUGGCGGAACCUGCUAGGAGACGGUGUCCGAAGUCCCGCGGUGGUGGGGGUGGCCGAGGGGCUCGGAGGGCCCGGGCUGCCCAUAGCAGGGGUUCUCGCGCCCAGCAGUCUCCAUCCCGGUUCAUUCGAGACACAAUGCUUGUGGACUUGGUCAGUGACAGCGAUGAGGAGAUCCUGGAGGUCGCCGCCGCGCGGAGUGAUGCGGACCCGGUAGAGGUCCAGCCCCAGGUUGAGGUCCCGCCCGCGGGGCCGCUUGUGCCCGCCGCACCCCAGCUGGGCAGCGACAGUGACAGCGAAGGGGCGGACGGGGGGCCUGCCGAAGCCCGGCGCACCCUGGUCAGGCGGCGGCGGCGGCUGCUGGGUCCGGACGAGGCGCCGGUGGUUCCAGUGUACUCCGGGAAGGUACAAAGCAGCCUCAACCUCAUCCCAGAUAACGCAUCCCUCUUGAAACUUUACCCUUCAGAGUCUGAAGAUGAGACAGAUGUGAUAAAUUCUAGCAGUCUUCCCUCUGACGACCCCCCAUUUCGAGGUUCUCCCUGGAAGAAGAAGCUGAGGAAUAGGGCCGAGAAAGAAGAGAAGAAAAAGGAAGAGUUUCUGGAAUCCACAGCCCAUGAAGAGAAAUGUGUGGCUGGAGUCUCUUUUGCAUCCAUCUUGUACCUUUCUUUCUAUAGUGAUGAGGACAUCUUUCCUUUGCCUCAAACAUCAUCAAGAAACAAAAGCAAAAAGCAUACUGAGGCACUCCAGAAGUUAAGGGAGGUCAACAAGCGCCUCCAAGAUCUCCGAUCCUGCCUGAGCCCCAAGCCGGACCAGGGUUCAGCCAUCCAGAACAUGGAUGAUGAGGUGGUCCUGGUGGAGGGACCUGUCUUGCCACAGAGCCCUCGGGUCCUUCCGCUCAAGAUCCGGUGCCGAGCUGACUUGGUCAGAUUGCCUGUCAGAAUGUCAGAGCCUCUUCAGAAUGUGGUGGACCACAUGGCUAGUCACCUUGGGGUGUCUCCAAGCAGGAUUCUUUUGCUCUUUGGAGAGACAGAACUGUCUCCUACUGCCACCCCCAGGACCCUAAAGCUUGGAGUGGCUGACAUCAUCGACUGUGUGGUGCUAACAAGUUCUUCCGAGGCCACAGAGACACCCCAGAAGCUCCGGCUCCGGGUACAGGGAAAGGAGAAACACCAGAUGAUGGAGAUCUCACUGUCUCCAGACUCUCCUCUUAGAAUCCUCAUGUCGCACUAUGAGGAGGCCUUGGGAUUCUCCGGACACAAGCUCUCCUUCUUCUUUGAUGGGACAAAGCUUUCGGGCAAGGAGCUGCCGGUUGAUUUGGGCAUGGAAUCUGGAGAUCUCAUUGAGGUCUGGGGCUGAAGCCUCUCCUACCUGUUUGGAUGCCCAGCUAAGACUUGGGGAGAAUAUCUCACAUUUUUUCCCCCCAUAAGGGCUAAUAGAGGCAGAAAUUAGAAUUUGUUUAUUUAUUUUUUUCUGGUGCUUGGGACUGAACCCAGGAUCUUGCACAUGCUAAGAACUUAUUAAUUGGAGGCAAAACCAAGGAGUGACCUUUGGCCCUGUCUCUUGUUGCCCCUAAUCCCAAGCCGUUAACUAACUGAUAAUUGUAUGCUGGUUGCUGCUGCCCUGGGUGGCCUGUGGCUACACGUACAUGUUGUGCUGUGUGUUGGAGCCCCUGGGACACACAGAAGGGCUCUGCACCCCGACCAUUUCACCUCCAUUAUUGCCCUUUGCUUCAUCAAAUGUCUGCUUUGUGAAACUUUGCUCAUUCAGGGUGAGUUGAACUAAAUAAGGCUUGCAUAUGGGUGCCCAGGCCUGGGAUUUAUGCCACAUUGAGGAUCAGCAGUGGCUUUUAAUUCUCACGUGGGGUCUAGGAAUGCAGAUUGCUUGAGGUACAUGCACUGGUGGGGAAUCCUUGGUGUCAGGAAAAUAAACUAGCAAGGGCACAUAUGCUGAAGUUUAAGCAUAAACAGAAGUGGGCUAACCCGAAGGAUCACGAUAGUGGUGUCAUUAGUCCUGGGCAUCCCCUCCUUCCAGGACUCUUUGGCACACACUUCUUGGUAACUACUCUGAUUCAUACUUUCUGGUAUGCACAUUUUAAUUACAACCAACUGCACACAACUACUGCAUUUUGGAUGUUGGGUACACAGUCCCAAGCAAGGAUUCUCUAGUUUUAUGGCUUUUCCCCCUUCAUGUUAUCCCCUCCUGUUAGCACCCCAUUUAAUAUAUCUUUGAACAUGAAUGUCCUUAUAAGAUACAACAUGUUAUGAAUACAUGUGCUUUACUGUACAUUCAUGGCAUUGUGCAAUAGACAUUCUGUUUUUACUCGGUAAGAGUGCAGAUCUGGCCUUGCUGACUCCUGGACCUGUUGCUCUGAUCUGCUGUGGGCUACUCCACAGAGGCAUCAGAUGAAUUUUACUCACAUGUUGCCUUAAGUGGGGGAUACCUGGUUACUUCUAACUCCUUGGUACCAUAUACUAGGCCAGAGCAAAUACGCUUUUCUGUGUCAGUCUGGAUAGUUCUCUGGCAUACUUAACCAGGAUAGGAUUGUGGGUUAUAUAGAUUAAUUUUCUGAUUUUCUAGAUCUUCUGACUUUCGUGGAGUGUCUUUUUCUUUAUCCUUACCAGCAUUUGGUGUUGUCUUUCUGAUUCUGCUGAGUGUGUGUGUGUGUGUGUGUGUUUUAAAACAAGUGCCACAUGUUUUAAUGUUCAUUUAUCUGAUCACUCUUAAUUUUGAGGACUCUUUCUUAUACCUAUCCAUAUUUCUGUACCUAUUUGUAUUUUCAUAUACCUAUUCCCAUUUCUGGUUUUUCCUUCUGUGAAAUGCUCAUUUUCUUAUGUGGUUUCGUGUUUUUUUGGUGUGUGUUUCUUUAUUUUAAGGAGUUGCUUGUGUAUUCCCAAGUAAUUGCAAAUAACUCUCAAAAUAGCACUUUUAUAUCUAGGGGGAUUUUUCACCGAACAAGACAUUUUAAAUUUAAUUUUAAUUUUUAAUGUACAUAGUUGGCUUUUGUUACAAAGUUUGUUGCUUUUUUUUUUCUAAGGAAAAGUGAGAAAGAACUUCCAAGAGUAGUAAAGGCUACAAGGGGGUACUUGCUUUUGGGUUUCUUAAAGCUAGUUAAGAUAGUCUCAUUUUUGGCUGGGCAUGGUGGCACAUGCCACUGAUCUCAGCACUCAGGAGAGAGGAGCAGGUGGAGAGCUCUGUGAGACUGACAUCAGCCUGGUCUGCAUAGUGAGUUCCAGGCCAGCUGGGGCUACAGGGAUACCCUGUCAAAAAAAGGAAAAGAAAGAUAUUUUCAUUCUGUUAGGUCUCUCAUUUUGAGAGCACUCAGCACAUGGGGCUGGAGUCUCUACUGGUUCACCCUGGUGUGGGUAUUGACGGCUCUGAGCUCUCAAACACUGGUUCUCAUUCUUUGUUGCCAGGCCACAUACUGGCUGCUGAAUAUUGUGUAUCACUUAGAAACCAUCUGAAAUGUACCUUUGUAUGGAAGACCAAGAUUAGUUUUUAAUCAUAUAAUGAGCCAGUUUUCUAAGCACUGUCUACUUUUAAAAAGCCAUUAAUCUACUGGUAAGUAAUUUUCACAGAAGUAUGCCAACUCCUUAAAUUUUUUUGUGAGACUAUGUCAUUCCUUUGAUUUUGUUUAGUAAUAUUUAAAUAAAAUCCGUGAUACGGUAUAGCCUUCCAGUUUUUUCAUAUUGUUUAUGUUCAUUAAUGAAUUUGGACACAUUCUUGUUAUACAUUCAAUCUUGACUGAAUAAAAGGAACACAUGUGACUUAGGCAUACUUGA